AUGGAAGAAGUAGAGUAUCUUAACUUUACAAGCUGGUGAUGGGAAGGACAGGAAAAACAUAUAAUAAGCUUAUCUUUUCAUACAGUUGAACAAGUGGCUUUUGUGUCUAUUGAUAACAAUGAAAGUCAGAUUAUUGAAAAAUUAGCAAACUUGCAGGGAAAAACAGUAGAGAAAUGGGAUCUUUUUAUAGGGAGCGAAGUCGAUAUUUUCGGUAAGCCUACAUAUUUAAAGCAAUGCGAUGCUGCUACAGCUGAAUGGAACCAAAGAAGAGGAAGGCAAUUUAUACAUAUAAAAAACAGACUUAAAGAAGAGCUUGAAAAAUAUGAUACUAAACCACUCCCAAAAAAGCUGCUAUUAAGCUACGACACAAAUAUUAUAGGAGGCUGUAACCUUAGAGGAAUAAUAAACCAAAUUAUAGAAAUUAAAGAAAAGCUUAGCUUUUAUCGUCCCAAAUUGGCCUUAAAAAUAGCACCUCCUGAUCUUUUCAUCUAA